AUGGACACCACGAAGUCUGAGUCCUACUACGAGCAUGAUGGGGAGUUGAUAGACAGGUAUCGCAAUCUCGACCUGACGAUCAACCGAGAUGACGCCUCCUCCAUCUGUUCGGAUGCGCUGGGAGACGAUCUGCCUCCUGGAUACUACUUCUCCCCCCAGUUCUUGGGUGCCAUGGCGGGGUUCUGCCUCUCGGCGAUAUCAGCUUACAUCUUUCUGAUACUGCCAACCAACGUACUGACGUUUAUCAAUGCCGAUAUUGGCCCGAGCCCGUACAUAUCCUGGGUAAACAUCGCGAGAACACUAUCGUUGUCUUUCACGUAUACGAUCCUUGGCCGCUUGUCAGACCUUUUCGGCAGACGCUGGUUCUUCAUUGGCGGUAACAUCGUCGCCAUCCUCGGUAUCAUUAUCUGUGCUGUCGCAAAGAAUGUCGAGACUCUCAUCGUUGGCGCCGCCGUGUAUGGUCUGGGUGAGACGGUUCAGCUCAGCUUUAACGUUGCCAUCGGAGAAUUGGUUCCCAAUAAGCACCGUCCCAAUGUCUUGUCUCUCAUAUUUCUGACCAACGCCCCUAUUCCGACCUUUGGUCCUUUCAUCGCACGGAAGUUUGUCGAAAACCCCAACUUGAGCUGGAGAUGGUGCUUCUACAUCAACAUCAUUGUUGUCGGCCUCGCCAUUGUUCUACUCUAUCUGUUUUAUCAUCCACCCACGUUCGACCUUCUUCAUGACCGAAAGACCAAACGUGAAUUACUCAAGGAACUUGACUAUAUUGGGAUCUUCCUUUGGACGGUAGGGCUCACCCUCCUUUUGCUGGGUGUUUCUUGGGGAGGAGUGAUGUUCCCCUGGGACUCGGCUGCCACAAUCUCGACUUUGGUCAUCGGAAUCGCCCUCCUGGCGGCACUUUUCUGCUGGGAAGCGUUCGCGGACCUCAAAUAUCCUGCUAUUCCGGUCAAGUUCUUCGCCAACCGGGGCUUUAUGUCGCUGGUCUGCUGCGCGACAGUUGCAACCAUGUUUUACUACUCCGCCGUCCUCCUCUGGCCGCAGCAGGUUCAGGCGCUCUACACAACGGACAUUACAUACGCUGGCUGGCUUUCGACGACUGUGGGCAGUGCGACAGCACUGGGCCAAAUUUGCGCGGGAGUAAUCAUCAGAUGGGGAGGAAAUGCCCGAUAUUGGAUAAUAUUCUCGACAUUUGCCAUGGUUGGCUUCGUUGGCGCUCUCGCGUCCUUGACCCCCGAAACGCUGAAUGCCGGAAUCGCCUUAACAAUACUGGGGCCUUUUUUCGUCGGCUUUAUUGAACUGGCAUCUCUCGCUCUGGCUCCGUUAUUCUGCAAGCCGUCAGAUAUCGGGCUCGCGUCGGGUCUCUUGGCGUCGAUCCGCUCUGCUGGGGGGUCCAUCGCCGUUGCUGUCUAUACCACUAUCCUAUCCAACCGCCUCGCUACCGAGAUUCCCGCGGCCAUAAGCGGUCCGGCUGUCGCCGCGGGGCUGCCCGAGAGUCAACUCCCAGGCCUUAUCAAAGCAGCAGUGGCAGGAAAACUGGCAGCUUUCCCUGGCUUGACCAGCGCUGUGAAGGCUGCCGUCACGAAAGUAUUGCCCGGCGCGUACACAAAGGCUUUCGAGACUGUAUAUCUAGCAAGUCUAGGGUUCGGGGCUAUUGCCAUAAUUGGGUGCUUGUUCGCCAAAGACGCGCAAGAACAUUUAACAGACAGAGUUGUAAGACGGAUGGGGAAUGGAAAGUGA